UUUUGCUAUUUGUCGAGGCAGGCCAGAAAUUGUUUUUAUUUCGCAGUUAACAAGAUCGAUCGACAAUUCAGAUGAUGUCAUCCUUGAUUGCUCUUCUCUGUUCGCCAACGCCGACAGUGUUUGCACCAGUACCCAAGCUUUCCCCAAUUCGAUCAUGGCGGGGGUUCAGUUUCAGAUUCUUCCAAUUGUUAAAACCCUUGCGUCAGCAAUCUCUGCGAUCAGAUACAUUCCUUGAAUUCCAAUUAUUUCUCCUUUCCCUAGCCAAUCCUAUGCUCUUCCCAGCGAAUAGUUUGCUGCUCUUCCUUACCCAUACUAAAUCUAAAGUUAUUUUGUUUUGUGCAGAGGAUUCGAUCCAUCAAAGUCGUUCAGAAUUCGAGUUUUAAAUUAUUGCAAUCUCUUAUAUAAAGACGGAAUGUCCACAUCCAAUGACUGUUUCAAAGUUGAAAUUUAUUGCCCGCGUUCAUGACUUUUUAUGGUUCCAGAUGUGACAGCACCUUUGUUUUUACUAAAAUUUCUUGCAGGGGAAGCAAAGACCGUGUGGAAGACGAUAUGCGAAUUGGGGCAAAAUGGUCUAUAAAUACAUUUGAGAAAUCUCCAGGUCUUUACAAGACAAGAAAAGAUGUUGUGGCUUGCGCGACUGCCUUCAAAUUCCAGACGAGGGCAGCAACUGGAACUGGUGAACACAAUCUUCCCGGUUGGCCAGAACGGUGUAUUUGAAAGCAUCUGCCUUAUACAGACCAGAGAUGCUUUCGACACAGGGAGAGUACAGUGGCUCUCAAGGCCUGUCUCUGACAAGCAAUUUCUCUCUCUGGUAGUUCCCCAAACCGGAGGGCAAAUUUCUGUAAUUUCUAUUUCGCCCUCUUCAGGUCAAGUUCUGGCUCUGGUGCGCAAUUCUGAGAACCAGAAAAGCCUUUCGAUAUAUUCCCCUGAUUUCAACGGCUGGAAACCCCUGCCGCCCAUGAUUGUGUCGAGAGAUCUGAAUUCCUUUUCCGGCGCUGUCAUCGACGAUUUCCUCUACGUUGCCGGCGGCUUUCCAACCAAGGGUUCCGGCACGAUGAAGUUUAGGGAAGCCGAGAGGCUCGAUCUGCGGACCAACCAGUGGGAGAGGAUCCCUGAAAUGAAACAGUCUAAUGCUCUCCGCAAGGGUUUUGCCAUGGACGGUUAUUUCUUCGUCAUACCCUCGUUUAUCAGUUCUCAUCCACUGUUUUGCGCCGCGGAGAGGUUCGAUCCCGCGACCAACCUCUGGACAUUUAUUCCCGAGUUCCUGCCGCAGGACAUCGAACGCUUUACAGUUGCCGUCUUGAAAAAUGAGCUCUAUUUGUUAAAAUGGUCCAGGGUGGAACCCUGUGGAGGGCUUCUGAAGUACGAUAAAUCUACAGGUGGCUGGAUUUUUAUAGACAGGGUUCCCGAUUUUGACAGUAAAUUUUGCUCCAAGAAGCAGCUUUGCCCCGUUGGGACUGAAUUGUGGAUUGUGGACUGUCACCACUCUGAGUUAUUGUGUGAAUGUAAUAAGGUCUUUUCUGAGAAUUCUGCCUGGCAUGUGUUUGAAGGGCCGUCAUUCUGGCCUGCUCAGUUGGAGAACAUCAAUGGCGUAGAGCCUCGCAAAUUUGUUCAUGCCUGCAAAAUUGGUGUUGAAGGAGAGACUCCUAUCUGGCGAACUAUUCCGAUCUUCUGUCUGUGAUUGUGACUAUGGGUGCCAUUGAUACACCAUUGCUUUAGCUCCAGGUUACUAUUUUUUUGUUUUUCGUCCAUAAUGUUUAGUUGCAGAUUAAAUUUUCUUGUAAAUAUGUUAAGUUCAAUGGCUGAGAAAGAGAAUUUAAUGUUUGUGUCUGCAUAUUUAAAGAUAAAUAAGAGCUUAAUGAUAUCAAGUUUUCACAAGUAAUAAA